AUGGCGCCCCGCAAGACCACCGCUGGCGACAAGAUCCCGAAAGCAAAGAAAGCAUCCACUGUCAAAAAGAGCGAAGACAAGGUUAUCAAGCGGCCCGCCCGCGGAUAUCACAAAUUUCGGAAUGGUCUGCUGAAUGUCGCGCCCAAAGGUGAUGAGAAGGAACUCACCAAGCAGAAUCGGACCUCUCCACUUCUACGACUGCCACCUGAGAUUCGCAAUAUCAUCUGGAAACUUGUGUUAGGAGGAAAAGUAUAUCGGACGUGGUUGUGUGGCCAGAUUGGGUCUUCACCGACGCAUACGACGAACGCCAUGGCGCUUCUGCGCACUUGCCGCCAGGUGUAUGCAGAAGCUGCAAUUGUGCCGCUUACGCUUACGAUGUUCUCGACCGAUUACCCUUCAAACAUCGACGAUAUCAUAAUGGCAUCUCGCAAGCUUGAUUUCAAGAACCAGAAGGCCUCUACCAAGGGCACAAAGGCCUUUACCGACACGGAAGUAGUGAAGCGCCGGUAUAAGAAGGUUCGCUUUCACGAGGAUGGGCUACUCAAUGUUGAACGAAAAACUGGGAAGUACUUUAAGAUAGCGAGAGAAAACCAGCAGGAUUCACUGUUGCUACGCCUUCCACCAGAGCUGCGUUGCUUGGUCUUCGAAUAUGUGCUUGGUGGCAACACAUAUGAGAUCAGAUACCACCAGAAAAGCGAGGCAGUAAAGCACACAACAAUAUCAAAGCACGCUCUCGCUUUGCUCUCCGUCUGCCGUCAAAUCUUUGCCGAAACUGCUCUGCUGCCGUUCGGCUUGAACACGUUCUCGGUCUUUCACCCUCUGGUAUUCAACAUAUGGAUCAAAGGCUUUCACCUAGCUUUUGCCGAAGUUGUCACUUCCGUACGCAUCAAUAUCCUUGCUUACCGUUUCCCGCUAUCUCUGUGGUACAAAAAGUUUUACGAUAUACCUCGAGCUCAAUACAUUCCUCUUGACAGUUCUGAUAUACAGUUAUCUUCUGUGCUCACCUCGCUCAAGGUCAUACAGAUUGCUUUUAUUGUCAAAGCUACAUCCAUGGAAGAUACAAAUGUGAUGGAGAAGCUAAACAAGUCGGGGGAAGAGAUCAGAGGUUUCUACGAGUUGGCGAAUAGCGGUAUCAAAGUCAAUUUGACCCGAAAAUUGAGUAGCAUAGUUCCCUUAAGAUUCGGUAAUACAAGCUGCCGAGUUCGGUUCUACUGA